AUGCGGCAGCGCCACCGCCGAUCUCUCCAGGGCUGCGCUGGAUCCAGGGCUCUCGCCGCUCUUCAAGAUGGAUAUUUCAUAGAGCGAGUUGCUGCGCGUGCGUGCGCGUGCGUGCGCGUCGUUGAUCGUUCGCCUUUCGCGACAAUGACACCCCCUGUGAAAGCUGCCCCACGGGGCAGAGACCCGCGUCGUCCGGUCGAGCGCCGGGCUGCGCAGACUCCAAACGCUCCAGGGAAGUCGUCCAAAAGUGACGACAAGAAGCGAAAAGAGCGCCCGUCAGUGGGGACGUCGGUGGGCGCUUCUCUCUUGUCCCGCAUGAGUGUUGAUCCAUCGACCUUAGAGGAGGAGACGAUGGCUGGUGCCAUGUCUGUUGCCGCCUCCGAUUCUGUUAGCUCGCCAAAGCCAAAAUCGGCGAAGCUCGAUGGGCAGGAGACCUUGGAGGGAUUCCUUGUCGCCAAUGGCUUCUCUAAGGAGUCUGCCACACGGAUACAAGGAAAGCUUGGGGAAUACUCGAAGCCCAAGGAUAUCAUGACGAUGAAGGCAAACCUCGCAGACGAUCUUGUCCGCGAGGAAUUGGGGCUGUCGAUCGUGGAAUUUGGACUAUACAAGGCGUUGAAGAUGGAUGCCAUAGAGCCCAAAGUGCCCACAAGCACAAGUGGCUGCCCAACCCGGCUGCACAUACCAGCCAAUGUGCACCGUGGAUGGCAGAAAACCAUAAAGGAGGUGAUGGAUAUGCUCCCGGUGGAGGACUCCAUCGGGAGUGCAAUACCGCCUAUGUGGAAGCAUUUCCACGUUUUGUUUCCAAAGGCUCACCAAGCCAUUCUCAAAGAGGGAGCAGACAACGGCGUUUCCCUUGAGAGCAUCCACGUCGCUAUGGGGCAGAAGUUGCGCAAUAUGAGGCGGACAAUGGCGAAGGCGUCCAAGGAGGGCGCGGCAGCUGCAAAGGCCAAGGGUGGCAAGGAAGGCGAAGGGGGUGGCGAGGAAGGCGCAGCGAUCGGCAAGGGAGGCGGCGAAUAG